CCUUUCUUCUUGUUCACCGUCUUCGCAGCCAUUUUGCGAAAACUCUUAACGGGCGCCAUGUCUGAAGGAGAUACUGACUGCAUCGAAAAAAUCAUAACAAUCUCUGUUCCAACACUCCGCCUGCAGUAUCGCACCAAGACAGCUGUCAGCCGACGGGACGUUUUUUAGCAAACCUGCGGUAUCAAAGCUGUGUUUACAGCGUAAACAUAUCAUCAUUGACAUGAGAGAGGAUAAUGUCUGUUAACCGUCUCAGUGUAGAGACGUGUAUCCGUGAGUGUUCUCUUCAGACUAGCUAAUACAAUCCGUCAUCAUCUCUCACAACAAACCAACGUCUCCAUGAGUGACUGAAUCAUCUCAGUCUUGUUGGGGAGAAUCCGUUUGUAACCAUCAUGGCUUUUGUGAGCCUCUUCUCCUGUCCCCUAAACCCCGUCCUUGACAAAAACAUGACAGACUCUGAGCUGGCAGGGGAUGAAAGGGAGGACGGUGAAUUGGAGGAUGGAGAAAUCGAUGAUGAGGGGAUAGGGAUUGAAGAAGAAAAGGAACCCAAGGCGGAUCCCGAAGUUUUAGACAAAGAGAAGGAAAAAGUGCGUGAGAAAGAUGACAAAUCGCACCGGCACACUCAUAAGAGACACAGGAAAAUCAAAGAGAAACACAAGUCAAAAAGAAGGCGGAGGGAGAGGCAGAAGCACCACUCGCCAUCUAGUGGCUCUAGUUCUGACAGUUACAAUACCGAUCACGAGCAUCAAGACAGACACAAGAUCAAAAAGAGCAAAAUCUCUUACCGGGAUUACGACGGUCGGUUUGCACAGCGUGAACACGAACCUAGUGGAGGUCAUGGAAAAGCACAGAGAACAUCACAGUGCAAAAACAGUGAGAGUGAAGAGAAAUAUGACUAUGACGAAGAGCAGGACGACUUCUGUGAGGAGCUUUCCAAAUACAAACAAGCCAAAGAGAUCAGCAAAGCAGUACCAUCUAAAGAACAGGGGACAAAGUCCAGCACAAAAGGAGGGCAAUUUAGUGGCCCCCGGGGUCGAGGACGUGGUGGAGGAAGUUUAGGCAGGGGCCGUGGUGUGCUAAACAAGAACAAGAAACUGAAGGGCAAAAAUUGGGGCCGUGGUCGGGGAAGAGGUGGAGAGCCAGGAGAAUGUGGAGGAGGAGCUAUAGGGGAAGGCCAAAGCCAGCAGUGUUUCCAGAAAAAACGUCCAAUCAUGAGUCAGGAGUUCAUCAAUCAGCACACGGUUGAGCACAACGGAAGAAACAUCUGUAAAUAUUUCAUUGAGGGCAGGUGCAUUAAAGGGGAUCAAUGCAAGUUUGAACAUGACAACGUAAUCCCAGAGAAGAAGAAAGAACUUUGCAAGUUCUAUGUCCAGGGAUACUGCACUAAAGGAGAGAACUGCAUCUAUAUGCACAAUGAAUAUCCCUGUAAGUUCUUCCACACUGGAGCAAAGUGCUACCAAGGAGACCACUGCAAAUUCUCUCAUGACCCUUUAACUGAGGUGACAAAAGAGUUAUUAGACAAGAUUCUGAACACAGAUGAGGAUCAUGCUAAUGACGAAGAGCUGGAGCUGUUGGACCUGAGGAAGCAGGGCAUUGUUCCUUUACCUAAGCCACCUCCUGGUGUAGGACUCUUACCAACACCUGGUUCAGGGAGUCCCCAAGAUGGCAGCAAGAAGAUCCCCUCUUUAUUUGAAAUCAAAGUCCAGCCAACUGUGGACCUGGCACAGAAAAUUGCGCUAAGGCCCAAUUUCUACAAUAGCACCUCUCCCCCAUCUGGACAGUUUCAGGGUAGCGGAGGUUCUGCUCAGGAGGACAUGGAGACUGGAAGUAUGAUGUCCCCUGGCCACAGUCAUUCUAUAUUACCACCCCCAGGCUCUCCUGGAUCCAUGGGUGGUCCUGCUCUUCACUUCCCAGGGACAGGUGUUCCCCAGAGCCCUCCAAUACAAGCACCACCACAGGGCUUUGGCCAAGGCCUUCCCAUGCCACCCCCGGGACUGCAAGGUCAGCCCCCAGUCUUCCAUCAGAAUACAAAUCCUCAGAUGAACCAGCAGGGGGCACACUUCAAGUCCUUGGCUGGCGGACAGAUGAACACACCUUUUCAAGCUAUGAGUCGGAUGCCUUCAGAGUUUUUCAAAAACUUGUUCAGUGUCCAGCCACUUGCUUUAGCAGAAGAAGGGAAAGGCAGUGGCGAGGGAGGCAGUGGCGAGUCCCAUAGUGGCAUGCAGGACAUGUUGCCAGCUGUUCAGAAAGCUUUGCUUUUACACCUGAAUCAAAAUCAACAGGACUCUGACUCCCACAGAACUGAUGGACAGGACUCCACACCAGUCAGCAGAGACAAAGACGAAACCACAAAUUGGUAUUCUAGUGAUGAUGAGGAUGGCAGCAGUGUAACAGCCAUCUUAAACACUCUAAAAAAGCAGAAUGAAAUAUUGCAGAUGCAACAGUCCCAACAGUCUAAGCUUCAGCAGUCUGGAAUGUUGGUCCCCUUGAAUGACCCCAGGCUUCACAAGGAAAGGGCUCUGGCUGACCCUCGGCAGCACGGUCCAGACUGCAGGAGAGAACCGGAAACUGUAAUUGACCCCAGAUUAGCCAGAGAUACCCACAAGGCUAAGCCUAUAGAACCUAUGAACUCGAAGGCAGUUCCACACCACCACCCACACACUAGCACCUCUGUAGCUCAGAAGCCUUCUGCCGUGGAAGAGGAUGAGGAGGGCGAGCGAGAGCUGAGGGAACGAGCUGCCCUAAUUCCACUUGAUCCAAGUCCUGGAGCUAUGCUGCGUGACCCUCGCUGCCAAGUUAAACAGUUUAGUCACAUCCGUGUGGAUAUCCUCCUUCAGCGCCCAGCCUUCGCUCACAGUGUAGUGUGGGCACCUGAGGAUCUCAUUCCACUGCUAAUUCCCAAACAGGAGCCCUCUAUAAAUCUUCCUCUGCCUCCUCUCAUCGCAGAUGCCCAGAUGAACCGCAACCUCUCAACCUCUUCAGACCAUCCAUCCUCUGCGCCGACUACUCCAGAUCCACGCCUGGCACGCCUCAGAGAAGAUGUGGAUGUGCAAAGCAUCCCUCAUGGCAGGACUCUGCAGCCUCGACUUAACCCUGAGAAACCAACAGAUCCCCGAACUCAUAAAGUUGGAGAGGCCAGGAUAAAUCGGCCUGGGAGCCUAGACUCAAAGCUGCCUGUCAAGAGAGAAAGUUCCUCUGGUGCAGGGGUUUCUGAUCCAAGAUUACAGCGAGCUGCGUCUCGUCAUUCUGCCACUUCAGCUAGGUCUGAUUCAGAGAAACUGCCCCCAUAUGCCCCUCGUUUGGCAUCUUCCACAGGUAGCGGAUUGGAAAGCCCUACCACACUGCUUGGGGGCAUUAGCUUGUAUGAUCCACGUAACCACACCUUGCUUUUGCCAAAACAGGAACCAGAGGAACUCCUGAAAAAUGCAGGCAUCCUAAAGCAAACAGGUAUAUCGGAGACCCUUCCACUGCCACAGGUGCCUUCACCAGUGGUGACUGAAAAGAAGAGUGAAGACUCAUCUGAAGUCUCAGAAAACCAGACCAACGGUUCUCAGCCGGGCCAGAUCAUGCCUAUAGCGAUGGCAGCUCCUUUUUGCUCCCCUGUGCGUGCAGCAGCACCCGCCAUGCACAACCUUCCAAUCCAGCAACUGGCGGCGCUCAUACGACCAGCUUACGUAGACAGCCGACCGAGCAGGCCUACUGGACAGACUACUGGAGCCCAGGAGGAAGAGCCAGAUGAUGACAAAGAAGUGGAAAAAAAGGACAGGCCAUUAAGGGAUGUAUUUAAAACCUUUGACCCCACAGCCUCACCAUUCUGUCAGUAAACACUCCCUUAUUGAGACCAGUCAGUCUCUGUUAGGAAUUCACACACCACUGUAUGCAUGUCAUAUUUAUUUAUCUUUGAUUUGUACAUACACUUCACAAAGUCACAUGACCAGCUAACAUUACAUAAUGUCGUCAGUCAUCAGAGUAUACUAGCAUCAAGAAUCAGCAUACUGACAAGUGUAAGUCUGUAAGCUUUACUCUGAAUAAAUGUGUUUGAAGAUCUAUACUUAUUAAUACAGACACUGUUUGAGGAGAAAUGUGUGGUUAAAAAUAUUGUAUAGUGGUACUUAAAGAAUACCAGUUAAAUAUCUUAGAUCUAUGUAUUAUAUAAAAGUGUACAAUUGUGCUAAGCUUAAUUAUUUAAAAGUAUAUGUGAUCACGUGGCUAAUGUACUGUGACUAGAUUACUUUUCAAUCAUUUGUGAUAGUUUGUGCUGAAGAUACAUCUCUAGCAAGGAAAAUGAAAGACCAAAUUUCAUCUAGAGAAUACUUUUUUUUCUGUACGGUGGAGUUUAUGAAAUCUUGUAGCACUUUAUUUUAUGGACAACAUUUCAAUUAACGGUUUUAUUGUUUUAUGUGUUUUUCCAUAUAUUUGUACUGAAUUGUUUUGGUUACCUGUGUGAAAAAGGACACUGAAAGAUUGUCCAUCACAUUACUUUUAUAAUGUCUUAAAUAAAUUGCAAAUGCUGUGACUUUUCACAUA